AGGGAGAAGCAGCCUUUCCGCUGAGCAGGGAGCCCGAUGUGGGACUCGAUGCCAGGACUCUGGGAUCAUGACCUGAGCGGAAGGCAGCCGCUUAUCCAACUGAGCCACCCAGGUGCCCCAGGAACUUGUCAGGGGUUAUGUAAUCAAAUCUGUCAUGCCUCUGCCUUUAUAUUUUCAUUUUUUGUAUUCUUUAUUUACUGUUUUGUUUUGUAUUUUGAGAGAGAGAGAGAGUGUGGGCACGAGGGAAGGGUGGGUGGGCAGGGGGCGGGGGAGAGAGAAUCCCAACCCGACUGCUCGCCUGACCCCGGACUCAAUCUCAAGACCCUGAGACCGCAGCCUGAGCCGAAAAUAAGAGUUGGACAGUUAAUUUAGCAAGCCACCGAGGGCACCCCAUCUCCCUUUAUAUUUUGUUUGCCUUCGUGGGUAGAAAUCUUCACUGCUCUUGGAGCAGAAAAAAUGUUUCCUUGUAUUUUAUUAUGGCUCUUUUUGGCAUUAUUUUUUACAUGUAACAUUUGAAUUUAUGUUGGUAUAUGAUACGACAUUUAAGAACCUAACUGUGUUUAACAAAUGGUUCGUAGUCAUUGCAGAGUAACUGUUCAGAGAGAGGACUGGUGAGCUCUCUAGCCCUGCCAUCUGAGGUAUCUGUAAUGGGAAAGGUACUCCCUUGGGGUGGGGGUGGGGUCAUGUGCUGUAUCAGUCCCCAGCCUGGACGUGGGAGAGGCAUAGGCUGGUAUGUGGCUCCUGGAGUGUCCUAGACUGUCCCCAGCACUGUCCAGUAGAGACUUUCCCAGUGGGCCCUGGGGCUUUAGAAAGAAGUGCAGUUGUGGGUGUGGAGCUGGGCAUUGGAUCUAGGCAGUCCAGUCAUUGAUAGUCCACUGCUCAGGGCCUUACGCACUGUUCUGAUCAGGUAGCUGAUCUCUUGGGUUUUAAAGACUUGACUGCCUUUUAGGUGUGAGCUCGGAUUGCUGGGACAGUUGACUUCAGUCCUUUCCAUGGAGUGUUACAGUCCAGCCCCUCUGCCCUGGGGGGCCUCCCCUGUCAUGGACACCCCCCUCCCCCAGUUGACCCAGUUGUCUCUUGACUCACAUUACAAGACUACACCUUGCUCUGCUCAUAACCUUGCCCCGUCUCACUCCCAAAGACCUGAAUUCAUUUUCUCUCAUAAAGCCACACUUUCUUCUUCUAUUUUUUUUUUUUUAGAGGAAUAGCUGAAGUCCUUAUCCUUUCCCUCGUGCCUUUCUGCUUUGAUCAGCUUCUUCCUACCAAGUCUCCUAUAACCCGAUCUCCAGCUGCAGUGUUUAGCUAGCUUCUUUAGUUUCUCAGAAAAGCUCAAAGUGCGUGGCUCCUCCCUUUUUGCUUCUGAACUGCAUUUCUUUCCUUAUUACUCAGUGUCCACACCCAGGGCGGUUGCCUGGAUAAAAAUCUGCCCCUUUCCCCCAGUCACCUUUUCAGGCCAGACGUAGGCACCAGUGAGGAAUGGCUGUCUACCCAGGCCCAGUUAGAAGCUCUUAGUUCCUCAGUGGUCUGAGUCCCUGGAUGCGAAGUCUGAUUCUCUGGUGCUCGCACUUGUCUGCGAGGUUUGUUGAUCGGGCAGCACUAAGCAAAGUUAAUGAUUAUUCCUGUCUUUAGCCAGAAGGGGAGAAGUUCUCUCCCUAUCAGCAUCCGUUUCUGUGAGGUUUUCAAGGACUCUGGACCCACUUCCCAGGUUUGGCUAUCCAACACAGUCAAGGGAGAACCAGACCACUCUCAUCCCAGCUGACUUUUAAGCAGCUUUGUGAUGUUGGAUAAGACACCUUCUUUUGGGAGGUUAGACUAGAUAAUCUCAACUCUUCCAACUGUGAGAUCAUAGGAAGCAAGGAAGAGGGGAAAGUACGUGACUUGAUUGUACCUGUUUUGUAGGUUUGGGAGAAGUCGUUUACUCAGUGGGAGUGGAAGAAGGUAGGUGAUGACUUUGGUGGAAACUGCCAGCUCUAAGGAGCCCACUUCACUGAUGACUGGAUGAAUACCAUAUGGGAUACAACUCUUCCAAAGCAAUUAAAAAUCCUGCUCAUCGUUCAGACCGGGCUUGUCAGGAAUCAGUUUCAGUCCAUUUAAUUUCUUCUUAUCCCCCUUCUUAGGAAAGUAUGAUGAUCUGGGAACCUAACCUAAAUGAGUGCAGCGGCAUGCUUGUGGGUCUUUGUGCGGUCAUAGGAUCUCAAGUGCUAUGUCCAGCACGGUGGUGGUCGAAAGCAAAGCUAACGUUUUCCAGGUAUCACUGUAGAGUUGAGUUCUGCUUUGUGACCUUUUACCCCACCCUGGCUUACCAAAGGUCACCUGGCCUUGGCUACAAGGCUACCUAGCCCAGUGCCUGGCACAUGUUAGGCACACAAUAAAUAUUUGUUAAAUGAAUGUGCUGUGACCCUGGGUGUACUACCAGUCUUCUGUUCCUUCUUCAUCCUGGCUUUCUCCCUCCCUUUGGUCUUAUCUUAAUUAUGAUAUGUGAAAAGUUCCUUAAAACCACUUGCAGAAUUUGAGAAGUUGGUCCUGAACAGUUAGACAUCUUCUGGGAUCUGCUAUAAAUACCUGUACUUUGGCUUUACUCCCUUUCUGCCCUCUCAUUAUGUAUGCAUCUUAGGGGUCAGGAAACUGAUUUUCAUAGCUCUUGGAGUUGCCUAUGUAUGUGUAAUGCUUUGCUUGAGGGAGUGGGGUGGGGUGGAGGGUGGAAGACAGUCUCAUCAAGGGAAUGUCUCCCGCUUGGGAUAUUAAAGAAUUGAGGGAUUGGAACUGGGCAUUGGGAUGCACAGACUUGAGGAGGAAGACUGAAAAUAGAAAUCCUUUCGUGAGAAAGUACACAAUGAUGGGUGGCCCAGGUGUCCUUCUGCUCUAAAGGUACCGAGCACCUAGAAGCCUUAAAAGAACUUUCGGAACAACUUUUUGGAGAUGGCUGGGCUUUGGAUCAUUUCUACAAAGUGCUCACCUUUCUGCUGAAACAUCAGAAGACUUCUUUUCACUUUCCUUCGAAUGGAUACAGUUGCCAGCUUCUACCCCAGUUCCGUCCCUUUGGAACAGGAAGCUGGGGCUAAAAUGUGAAACGGCUCUCCUAUUCAUUCCCCUCUCCUUUUAUACCCACCUUGUAGGUAUCUCCCACCCCAACUGUGUCCAUUCCCCAACUUGGGAAACCCUGGCUGAUAAGAAAUUCUGUUUAGCCAUUUUCAGGCUCCUGUAGGCAACAACAGUCUCAGGAAAAAAAAAGCCUCUUUCUAAACCCUUGCUUUUGCCUAACAUCCCCUGGCUGCUGUCCCCACAUGACCCAAAUAAACAGAUGAUCAUGUGAAGCCAGUAAGGCUGUUUGUUUUAAAUAGCAAGCAUCUCCACUAAGCUCUGGAGCAGAUGGGGUAUUGGGGGCAAGGGAGAGACUGGCAUUUGACUCUGUUCACCCCACUUUUAUCUCUUGCUUACCCAUCCCUGAAGGAAAAGUUGUCUUCAGAAUGCUCCUUUUCAGAGGAAUGCCUUUGUAAUGGAAUAGAGCUGGUACCUGACAAGAAAAGUCAAAAACUGGACUUCAGCCUCUACAAGAGACUUAGGACUAUUUGAGUGCUGUGACCACUUGAGGAAGGCAGAAGGUACAGCUGGGUGGAGCUGAGCAUCUUGGGCAACGGGACAGAAUAGUACAGUGCUGACCCCAAACAAAAUGAAAACUUGGUCAACAACGUUAUUUCGGGUCACUGUUAUGUAUAUUACAUACACUUUAGUAACCCACCCCAACACACACACACACACACACACACACACACACACACACACACACCUGUGUAUUGCCUUUAAACUUCUCAUUUUCUUCGGUUGUGCAGUGGGCCAGGUCCAACCACACUCGUAGAGGGUGGCAGGCAUCUAAAAGGAAGCAAUGUCAGGACCAGUACAGAUCUCGCCCUCCCAGGAAAAGGGCAGUCAUCCCAGGGCACUUGGGCUAUGUUGUUCCCACCCCCUCCCCCACCUUCCUUUCCAUCUCCAUCACAGGCAAAGCUAGUGGCACGUGGACGUGUGUAAUGGCCUCUGCUCAGCUACAGAUGCUGGGGCAUUGAAUGUGUAAAGAUCAGAUCCCUCCAUAGAUUGCUGCUGGCAAACAACCCCCUUCCUUCUGUUCACUAGGUUCUUGAUUUCCAAGAUCUGUGCAGAUUUUCUUUCCUUAGUAUGCAUUAUGCCCUCAAAUGAAGGGAGCAAAGUCUGCAGGCAAUGCAUUUGUACCGGUUUUCUCUGCCUUUAAGCUAGACCCCAAAAUAAGAACAUACCCCUCCAAGGGCACGGUGGGGAUGGAAUGGGAUGGGAUGAGAUGGAUUGGCAGGGUGGUCUGCCACUCAGCUGUCCUCAUAAAGUUUUGCUUUGUGGCUUUGUAUGAUGGUGAAGCCCAGGCUGCCGGACCCUGAACCCAGCUGGCAUUGUCCCACUCGGAACUGGUAGCAAAAAAAAGGAAUCUGAGGCUAGGACCCAGGGGCCAUAGGACUGCUGGCAUUGGGCCAGCAGAGCUGUACAUGCUCCAGGAUGCUACCAAAGUCCCUUCAGCCGGCCUUUGUGUCACUACCAACUUACCAGUGGGGCUUGUGUGGUCUGCACCAAAAAAGCAGAACAGCAGGGUUUCAGGUGAAGAUUUUGGAGACCCCGACUGCAAUAUGUUAAGUGGGCAGACCACUUCCCAUGCGGGCAGUCUGAUAUUCCCUCAUGAUUUUUUUUUAAUUGGGUGCCCUUCCCAGAACUGCCUUCAAAAGAGUCGUCCACGGGGUCAUGGAUAAAUCUUCCUCCCUCCGGGGCCUGCAGCAACUGGAACACUGAGUGACUUUAGAAGUCCUCUCUCAUCUCUGGGCCUCACUUUCCUUAUCUGCAAAAUGACAGGAUUUGGGUAAGCUGACAAAGGUCUAACUUUCUGAUUGUACCCGCAGGCGCCCCCAAACACUGGCGCAAGAAGCAGCGGCAGCGAGCGCCGGCCGGUGGGCCCGCCCUCUUGGCGAGCGCGGCCGAGAGCAGGCUGAGAGUCCCGACCCCGCGUCCCGCCCGCGGCCUCAGUAGCCUGGCGGCUGGCAGGGCCAGGCUUCCGCCCUCCACGUUGUUGUUCCCGAUUUGGGCCCCGCCUCCUCGGUCUGAGCUGCGGACGCCUAGCCUUAACUGCCCCCGCCCCGGCCCCAGAGCAAAGGGUGGCCUGUGGGCCAUCCACAUUAGACACGCGUGGACAAAGACAAGAACUGGGGGGAAGAAAAGAGAGAGACUUGGUUUUGAAGGGAGGCUGGUGAAAAGUAAAGGAUAGGCCAGGGCACAACUGCAGAAUUUCCCUCUCGGCGUUCCACCCUCCGUUAACAGUGGACACAUCCGCAUCCACGAAUGUGACCGUGUUAGACACUGGCCCUUUAAACAGAAGGCUGGCGGCGCGGGGUGUCCAUGUGGAGCUGCUCCAUGCCGUGUUGUCCUGCCUGCCCAUUGGCCCACGGCCCGGUGACGUCGCCUAAUAGGAUGCGAACGCACUGCGGGGGGAGGAACGGAGGCAAAACGCGGAACCGGAUCAUCACUCCGCUCCCUCGGCGGGUCUCUGGCAGCCUCCUGCUGUCAGCUCCGCCCACGGGCGGAUCCCGGGGGAAUUGCGACAGCCGGGUGGUUGCAGGAAUUAGGUCACGUGUGGGUAGGGAGCGGAGACCCAGGGGUCAGGCCCGUCUCUACCAUCCUAAGGUUUCCCUGACCUGGAAUAUCUUUAUUUGAGCUAACUUAAGUCUUAAAUUUUCCACCCUUCUUUUCCUCCAGCAGGACACACUUCCUUGUGAAUGACCGCAACACGCAGCCCUUUGCUCAACUUACGGCUUGCCAUCGGGGCGGGGCGAGGAGAAAAAGCGGAAAUGCAGGGCGCGAGCAGGGCUGGAUAUUCUCCCACCCCCACCCAGGCCACGUGUGCGCGCGCCGUCUAUAGUGGGCGGGGCCAGCCCGCUCGGGACCCCGCCCCUCCCUCCCUGAGACGCCGCGGCCCUGCGGGCGGGGGCUCCGGUCCGGGCUUUGGCUGCGGCCCCGGUGUAGUAGCGGGGGCGGCGGCCGGGGGCAGCGCGGCUCCUUCCCUUGUUGUGUGUGUCGGUGCCUCCUCGCCAUCUUGUUGCAAAGCCUUUUCUUGUCGGCGGGACUCCCGGGGGCCGCGGGGCGGGAGGCAUCAGAGGGGGAAAAAGAGAGGGAGGGGAAGGAGGGAGGCAGUGCCGCCUUUUGUUUUUUUGCAUCAAAAAUUUUUAAAUUUGCAAUUUAUAUUUUGCAAAUAUUUUGGGAAACAUUAAUUUUUUCUCUCCGUGCUCUCCUCUUCUUCCCUGCGGAGUGCGCUGCGCCGCCCAGCCCUGUCGCCCCCCGGAGGUGAUCCCUCCCUCCUGCCUGCCCGCCAGCCUGACCUGUGCCCGGCUCGCGGGCCGCAGUCCCGGCCCCGGCGCGCCCCCGGCAGCUCUCGGCGCGAUGAGCAUAGAGACGCUACUGGAGGCGGCCCGCUUCCUGGAAUGGCAAGCGCAGCAACAACAGAGAGCACGUGAGGAGCAGGAGCGGCUUCGCUUGGAGCGGGAGAGGGAACAGGAGCAGAAGAAGGCCAGCAGCCUGGCCAGGCUGGCCCGUGCCAUGCCUGUGGAGGAACCCCGCACUGAAGCGCCACCCCUACCUCUGUCCCCACCGGCACCCCCACCGGCACCCCCACCCCCACUUGCCGCCCCCACCCCGCUGACUGUCAUUCCUAUUCCAGUAGUGACCAACUCUGCUCAGCCUCUGCCCCCGCCCCCACCACUGCCUCCUGCAGCCCAGCCUUUGCCUCUGGCGCCUCGCCAGCCAGCCCUGGUCAACACCCCCGGACUCAGCAUUAAGGAGUCUGCUCCCUUGCCCACCAGGCCACAGGUGCCCAACCCUGCUCCCCUGCUGCCGGACUCCAAGACCACCCUUCCGCCCACUGGCAGCCCCAAGCCUUUGCAGCCCCUCCCCACACCCAUCCUGACCAUAGCACCUCACCCUGGAGUUCAGCCCCAGCUGGCCCCCCAGCAGCCACCUCCACCCGCUCUUGGGACCCUGAAGUUGGCACCAGCUGAAGAAGUCAAAUCCAGCGAACAGAAGAAGAGGCCUGGGGGGAUCGGAACCAGAGAAGUCCACAACAAAUUGGAGAAGAACAGGAGGGCCCAUCUGAAGGAAUGCUUUGAGACACUGAAGCGCAACAUCCCCAACGUGGACGACAAGAAGACGUCGAAUCUGAGUGUGCUGCGGACGGCGCUGCGGUACAUCCAGUCUCUGAAGAGGAAGGAGAAGGAAUACGAGCAUGAAAUGGAGCGGCUGGCGCGGGAGAAGAUCGCCACACAGCAGCGGCUGACAGAGCUCAAGCAUGAGCUGAGCCAGUGGAUGGACGUGCUGGAGAUUGACCGUGUGCUCCGGCAGACCGGCCAGCCCGAGGACGACCAGGCCUCCACCUCCACGGCCUCUGAGGGUGAGGACAACAUAGACGAGGAUAUGGAGGAGGACCAGGCCGGUCUGGGCCCACCUAAACUGAGCCAUCGCUCCCACCCGGAGCUGCCGAAGCCACUGCCCAGCAGCGCCCCUGCACCUCCGCCUCCCCAUCCCCACCCCCACUCCCAGCCCGUGGCCCUGUCUCCUGUCCACCUGCCUGGGCAGCAGCCACCACCACAGCAGAAAACGCCUCUGCCAGCCCCUCCUCCCCCACCGGCUGCCCCUGCCCAGACGCUGGUGCCCGCUCCGGCCCAUCUGGUGGCUGCUGCUGGCGGAGGCUCCACGGUCAUCGCCCACACGGCCACCACCCACGCCUCAGUCAUCCAGACUGUGAACCACGUUCUCCAGGGGCCGGGCGGCAAGCACAUCGCCCACAUCGCCCCCUCGGCCCCCAGCCCCGCUGUGCAGCUGGCACCUGCCACACCCCCCAUCGGCCACAUCACGGUGCACCCUGCCACCCUCAACCACGUGGCCCACCUUGGCUCCCAGCUGCCCCUGUAUCCACAGCCCGUGGCGGUGAGCCAGCCCGUGGCGGUGAGCCACAUUGCCCACACCCUGUCACACCAGCAAGUGAAUGGCACAGCCGGGCUGGGUCCCCCGGCCACUGUCAUGGCGAAGCCGGCUGUGGGGGCCCAGGUGGUGCACCACCCCCAGCUGGUGGGCCAGACAGUGCUCAACCCUGUGACCAUGGUCACCAUGCCCUCCUUCCCGGUCAGCACGCUCAAGCUGGCUUGAGGAGGAGGCCACUCAGAGGCCCCCAGUGGGGGCAGGGAGGGGGACCUGUCCCCCGCUCUCCCACCCACCAGCUCCACACAUUCCAGCCAGGCCAAGGCCCGCCCCACCCACACCCACCCCCAGGCCUCCUAGGGGAAGGGGGUGCAGAGACUCUGAGCCAGGGGAGGGAGGGGCCACCCCAGGGAGCUGGGCACAGGGCAGGGGGUUACCCCGCUGCCCUCGGACUUGAUCAAGCUCUGGUGAAUGUGCCACUCAUCUGGCCUGGUGCCGGCUCCAGUGCCGUUCCUGCCUCCCCACCGUGUCCCCUGCAACCCGUGCGACGUGGGUGUUGUGUUCUCCCGACUUCCCUGCCCCGCCUGCCUUCCCGUGCUGCUGCUGCUAUUGCUCUAGCUGAUGAGGUGCCCGGGCCCUCUGUCCCGAGCCUCAGUCUUCGCUUCCUGGGCCUUUGGAGGGGAGAGGGCGUAGGGAGCACAACUGAAGCACCUCGGCCCAGAAAGCUGGGUGCUGUGGGGGGCUCUUCUUUGAGUGCAGGUGACAGACCCUGGGACAUGGCUGCUCUGCAGUCUCAUUCAGACAGAUGGGCACCCCGACUUGGGGCUCUCCAACCCAGGUGCAGUCACUGAUUUGUUACCGCAGAAACAAGAUGAGUCUGCCAACAGCUAAACCCAUGCUGUUGCUAAGCUCCCUGAGCCCCCCACCUCCACCCCCCAGUCCUUGCCACUGGGCUCCUGACCUCAGGAGGAUAGGCUGAGGGUCGGGGCUGGGGAGGAAAGGUUCGGCUGUCCUACCCCCAUGCUGGCCCUCCCCACCACUGGCCUGGGUCUGGACUGAGGGGAGAGCUGCUCUGGACCCCUGUCGCCAUCCCUGGUUACCUGGACUCUGCUCAGUGCUGUACGCUCCCCUGAGGGAUGGGUGUGCCUGAGUGCCUCCUGUAGCCUCGAGAAGUGAGCCGCCCUCUGGUCUGGGUUCUAGGAGCCUGAAGCCACACUGCUGAGGCCAUCGGGAGGUCAAACCCAAGGGCUGGGCCAAAUCCCCAGGCCCCUUCCCUGAUGCCCUGGGGGAACCUGUAGCGCAGGGAGGAGGGCUGCUACUUCUGCCCCAACUUGUCUGUCUCUGGCAUCAUCUCUGUCUUUGCCCUGAAUAUCCACUUUUCUCCAGUGGGUUCUUCUGAGUGUGCCACAGCCUUCCUCUGAGGAAGGUCCUUAGUUCGAUCUAGGGCAGGGCUGAGCUUGGGGUGGGGAGAAAUGAGGGGGCCUGAGUGCAGGGCCUGCUGCUUUCCCCUGCCUCUGCCGACGGCUCUGGCUUCUCUUUUUAUGUGGGUAUUUAUUACAAGUGGCCUUGUGUCAGACACACACUCAGUGGUACACACAUGCACACUUGGCUCCCUACCAGCGUCCCUGGGUGUGAAGUUCGCUUUGACAGGCAGGGGACAGCGGGAGCGACCUGCAGGAGACUGAGGAGGCUGGCAAAGGUCUUGGACAGAUGUGGACACCUAAGAACUCCCUUUCAGUUCUUUCCUAGUCCUGGAGACCUCCUAGGGGCCUGUUCUCCUUUGUCCUGCCUGGGGUGGGGAAAGGGAAGGCCUCUGGUCAUCCUGGAGGCCCCCAAGAGGGAGCCUCCCACCCACCCCACAAGCUUGCUGCCUUCCUGCCCCUGCAGCCGCCACCUGCCACCCUGGUUCUUGGAGAAACCAGUUUCCGCUCUUCCCUGAGUGAUUAUGACAGAGCAGAGGGAGCCGGAUGGGCGUGGUGCCCAGGGAACAGUCAGAGAAGCAUUGGGGAACCUGCCCUCCUUUCAGGCUCUGUUCACCUCCCUGCAUUCUGAGGCCAUUCCAGAGUUGAGAGUGUGUCAGCCAGUGGCCUCUCGGGCCUGCACAGAUACCUCAUCUGCCCGCUCACCGCCCCUGCCCCUCUACACCCCUAGCAGUGGGGGCUUUUGAAUCUAGUGCCGAAUGACUAUGUCCAGAUUGGUGACGAUGGGUGUUGUUGCUGUUGUUUUUAUUGUUGUUUGUGAACGCUGUGAUGCUGUGUGCCCGAGAGGGCAGCCGCCGCCCAGCCCUUCCUUGGGCAUCUCCCCUCUGAGAGCUGUCAGGACCACAUCUGUCCUCACCCUGUGGGACCGCCUGCCCCUCCCCUUCCCUAGCCCUUCCAGCCUGGGGGACGCGUGCGUACACACACAUACACGUGCACGCGCGCGCACACACACACACACACACACACUUUACCUCUCAUGCGUGUUUUACUUUUUGAUGUUAAGAGUGGCUCACUGGCUGGGAGCCUUUACCUCGGGGAGAGGGGGAGGUUGGUUCCUUGGGGGGCCAAAGAAGGGCAGGGAGUGCCUGGAGGGGAAUUAGGGGUCACCAUAACCCCUGCUCUCCAGGAACAGCUUCUCCCCCAUCCCAGGGUUCCAUCCCUAUCCCCCAAAGAGGUGGCCCUUGUUUACAGUGAGGACUCGGUCACUGUGUCUCCGUUUCCUGAAAUAUAAACUGUAGCGACCCCAGACUGUAGAGAUUUUUAUGUGUUUGGAUACAUCUGCUGUGUGGGAAAAAACAAAAACAAAAAACAACCCUACAAAAACCCUAAUUUUGUACAUAUUGUAUUUUUACUAUUGAACUGUAUUCUAGUGGCUGUUCAUGCUCCAAGACUUUAGGUAUUGAGACAUGAAUACUAUCCAUGUAAUAAGCACUUGCCUGGAAUAAAAUAUAAAACCGAAAUAAACCUGCACUGAAACCAGA